UGCCUAAAGGAUAGUUCUUCAUCGUUUUCAUCGUCACCUCGUGAAAUAAAUAGUGCCAUUCCUUCGAACAUCAGCAGCAGCAACAGCAACAACAACAAGGUGGAAAAACACGUGAAAUUCGUUCCUGAAGCUAAAAAAACGGAUUCUCUGUCAAAAAAUAGCUCAUCACGCCUUUCCCGGUCAUCGGACAAGAGAUGCGAACAUCGUCGAUCCUUGAGCGUUCCGGCUUCCGUUCGGCUCCGGAGACCUCUGCACAUGAUGCAGGUGCCACCUCCACCGAUGGGACCACCUCCAAGCGCGCACACUUAUAUGAUACCUCCGCCAAUCGAGAGUCUUCUGUGCAGUUCAGCUGCACCGCUUUCCUUGCCGUACUGGCUCCAGCCUCCUGGAUGCAGGAGUACCGUAACCAAAAGUCAAAACCGGAUCUAUCAACCGGCAAAGUUGUCCAGCCCUGCUAAAUCGCAAGGAUCGACGCGACAACUCCGGCCAGUGAUCAAGACUGGUUUCAACAUCGCUACAGGAGGCGGAGGAGGUUCGCUGUCUUCGGGAUCAGGCCCUGAUUCCGGAUCGGACUCGGAAGUGUCCUCCCAGCCUAGGAACUCGCCGCCAUCUGCUCCGAAAAAGGUUGUGACGUUCAACUACUUGACGCAAGUACAACUCGUCGACAUCUAG